GUCAGUGUGACGGGAAACGGUGAAACACGAAAGCCCAUGACGAUCGCCGGGUGUCACGGUAGAUAUCGUGGCCUUUCCUCUAGUUUGCUCUCUUCCAAGGGCGUGGAAUAGGGUGUCCUUUCGUCCGCACCACCCUCAAUGGCAUCUUGCUCCUGAUCGACCGUACCUUCCCAACUACUAAUCCAUGUGACGCUCCUUCCGGGCAACCUCAUCGAGUCAGUGCACGCCAACCCUGCAGGUGCAAUUACCUCACGUUACACCACAACCACACACGCGGUAGGAGCCUAGGGGCGAGGCUGUAGGGGGAAAGGAUGGCCGCUCUCAGCACCGCCGACAAGCUUCCAGAGCGCGCCGACUACUCCGUCUCCCAUCGCCCCCCGCCCGCCAUCCCCUCCGUGCCGUAUUCAUCGAUCCAAGCUGCGGCGCCUGCAAACGACUCCGACGCCGCAAGUGCGCGAAAGCCGCGAUCACGGGCCAACAGCUUCACCCAGCAGAUCUUCCGCCUGCGCUCGUCCUCCAACUCCCGCUCCCAGUCGCAACACCACCUUCCUUCCCCACCCCCGCCUGACAACGACGCACCGCCCUUGCCGACUGCGUAUCUCUCCCCCCAGCUCACCCCGCAAACAUCCCCCGAAACAGGAAGGAAGAGCUCGUUCAGCGCUGCGCGCAAGGUGUCUGUGGAAGGAAGGAGUAUGCUUCGGAAAACUAGCAGGAUGCGCAAGGCGGAGGAGGAGCGGCUGGAGAUGGAACGCAAGGCCCGCAUGAGUCAACCCGCGCCCUCCUUGCCUCGCCCCGAGCCUCUCCCCGGCAUCGACACGUUUGGUGGUGAAGACGCUCCACCUCUCUCCCCUCGCUCCCCUCGUCAACCCGCUUCUCCCUCCAGACCCACCAACUUCUCCCGACCGGCCUUCGCCAUGCAUUCGUCCACCCCCUCCUCCCUCCACUCGUCCAGCUCGCCGGCGUAUGCCCUCGCUCGAUCCGGCCAGCUCUCUUCCUCCUCACCGUCAUCCGACCCCCGAGCCAGGGCUAAUGGCGAGUACGUUGUUGACAACCCCAUGGCCCGCACCGAGAGCAUGACCCAUCGCGGCCGCUAUUCCUACGCCAGCUCAGUUGUCAGUGGUAACGUGAGCAGCCCCCGCAGGAUCCGACGACGGAAAGACCCCGUCUCCUUCAACAUCCUCAUCAUAGGUGCUAAGAACAGCGGCAAAACUUCCUUCAUCUUGCUCCUGCGCCACGCCCUCACAUCCCCGCCAGCCCGUGGCCCCUCAUCUCCCGACCCAACGCUCGGCCACUCCGUCGCCAAAUCUUCCUUCACUCCUCACUAUCUCGAGUCCGACAUUGACGGUGAACGUAUUGGUGUCACCAUCUGGGACUCCGCCGGCCUCGAGAAGAAUAUUGUCGAUCUGCAACUCCGCGAAAUGACGGCUUUCGUAGAGUCGAAGUUUGAAGAGACCUUUGCUGAAGAGCAGAAGGUGGUGAGGAGCACGGGGGUGAGGGACACUCACAUCCACUGCGUCUUUCUCGUCCUUGAUCCCAUCCGACUGGAUGCGACCCUCGCCGCGUCUACCACCCCGCAAUCCAAUGGUGCCAACAGGAUUGGUCUGGAUGACGAUCUCGAUUUACAAGUCCUCCGUGCCUUGUGGGGCAAGACCACCGUCAUCCCGGUCAUCUCCAAGGCAGACACCCUUACCGUUGGACACGUGGCGUUCCUGAAGCGCGCCGUAUGGGACACGAUCAAAGGAGCGGGGCUCGACCCUCUCGAAGCGCUCGAAGUCGACGAUGAUCUCCUGGAAGAAGACGAGGAAGAAAACGAGAAGCCAACCCCCGGGAGUGAGGGAGUCGACAGCGCCAUCGACGGCAGCUCCAGCGACAGCGAAACCUCGCCCGCGUCGAAAUUCAAGAAACUUCCCCUCUCCCACAAACGCCAAUCCUCACUCUCCGCCAACAUCAAAUCCAGCGACGACGAGUUGCCUUACAUUCCCAUGUCCAUCAUCUCCCCCGACCCCUACGACGGUUCACCUUCCAAGUCGAAUCCUCACCUCAACGGCAGCAACAUCAGCAACAACAAAAUCGGCCGCCGCUUCCCCUGGGGCUUCGCAGACCCCUACGACCCCACCCACUGCGACUUCCCGCGCCUCCGCGACAGCAUCUUCAACGAGUGGCGCACCGAACUCCGCGAUCUCAGCCGCACCAAGUGGUACGAGAGCUGGCGCACCUCGCGCCUGAAGAGCCUACCGCCCCCGACCGGGCAACAGCAGAGGGUGAAGGGGGGCGUGACGCCCGUUGCUGCUGUGCCGAGGGAGGGGCUGACGAGUCGUGCCUUCUCGGGGGAGGGGGUGGGCGGGUCUAUGCCGAGGAUUGUUUCUGGUGGGGCGGGGUUGGGAUUGUCCAAGGCGGAGAGGGUGUUGGGGAGUUGAUGGCCUCAUUCCUGAGUCACGUGUGUCUUGGGCAAGGGCAAAUUGGCUAGCAUGAGAGAUAUGGGUUGCAUGAUGACGUGCGAAGGGGACGGGAGACGGACGUGAGCGAGUGGAUCGACUAAUGAGGCUUUAAUGAUCGACGAUGGUGUUCAACAGGGGAAAAUCAGCGAAGGGCAGGACUCCUUCUCUGGGAAGCGACUCUGGCGGUAACGCGAGGCAGUCGCUUUUCUCCUUCCUCUCGUAUGGGCUUUGCUUUGCUUUGCUUUGCUUUGCUUUGCUUUG